AGCCUUUGGACUUGACUUCCACAUCGAUCCGGUUUACCUUGGCCAUUAUGUUCUGAUAGUGAUGGGGUUUUUCUCUUCGAGGAAGGCCGACCAUUUGGAGACCAACCUUCCGGCGGAUGAGAACGCCGUCAUACGCGUUAUUCGUUCGAAAUUCUAUGGCAAGGGCAAGGGGAAAGAGCGUGAUACCGACGGCCGCUCCGUGUUCUAUUCCAUCUCGUCACCGUCCCUCUCUUCACGCUACAUUCAUUCUGGAGAAAAGCAAUCCUUUACACCGGCUCGUCGCUCCAGAGCGCCCAUCUCCCCUCAAGAACCGCCAUUGAUCGGCACUUCGAGCUCUACAACCCUUACACAAUAUGCGGAGAUUACAGUUGAACCGAGUGGCAAUCGUGCUUCGGCGGAUGCUCUCACGAUCACGCUAGCGCAGAGGUUGAACGAGUUGGCCACAGCCAACUCGGAAGGUCUCCUCAGCGAUGACGAAUACCGGCUGCUACGCCAGAACCUCUUUGAACGUUUCGCCAGCGGUUCACCCGUGCCCAUAGAGGCACCUCUCGUGCCGUUGUCUGGUAUUGGGCACGUCAACGGCGAUAACAGGACAUCAUUAUCGUCCACGCAUGACCGCCAGCUCUCGUCAUCAUGUCAUGUUCAGUCUUCACGGGCAUCGUCAGUGCAGUCAAGAAAGUCUAUGUCCUCAUCAAUCACCAGCAUGCUUCGUCGUACAGCUAGUAAACGAGCAGCACCGAUACCCAGCGAGUUCGGGAGUAGCGACACUGGUAGCGUCUUUUCGAAUGGCUCAAGCAUUGAACGUGGCAGCAUUCUUCCUCGUUCGCUUUCCAAUCCGACGAACGACCGAUUUACGCGGGACGAUCGUUCUCGCUCGCAGUACUUCCACCCUCUCGGUACCUCUAUGUCUGAAUACUCUGGGUCUAGCGUACGUUCAGUCAGUCGUCGACGGAAACGGUCCGGCUCGUCUGCGCCCCCGUCUUCAUUCCCGGGCAUCCCUCCCUCUAACUCAUAUGAUGGUCAUGCUCAACUAACGAAUCCUCUUCCGAACGACGACGACGUCGUCUCCGCUAAGGAUCUGCGACGUCAUGUUGAAUUGGUCGAAGCCGAAGGCAGACGACUUCUUGACGGUUUCAAUGGCCUAGAAUUAAGCACGCUCACUCGGCGCCAACGGCGACCACUCUCACGACCUCCCCUCCCCCUCAGCGCCCCGCUUGAUGCCGCGCUCAUGAACACGCCUGAUCGACGGUCACUGUCGUUGCAAAGCGGCGGCGAUGUCGAUGCAAUGUCCUAUACGUCCGGUGGAUCGGGUCGAACAAAUAUAUCUGCCAAACGUUCAGCCUCCAGUCCCCGGAAAAUUCCCAUCUCAGCACCGAACAGUACGCUAGUCGUUCAGCCUCGAGCGAUGAGUCGAAAGGGCUCAGUCUCUUCGAUGUCUUCUCGUGGACGGACAGGGAUGGGCGGCCCGUCCAGUCUUUCCAAUCUUUCAGGUCCCUUCACCAGCUCUUCGAGUAUAAAUCUUACCAAGAGCUCCGGGCAUUUGCCUCUGGCGACUGUAAAUGAGGCAGAGUCCCCUUUUCACGGGCACCACGCAUCGGAGACGGUUGACUCCUUGCUCACCGGGACGACUCCAAGCGAUGGGGUGUCUCGAGCAGGGAGUUCGCGCAGUGGCAAGGCAAGGGGGCCUGCGGACAUCGAGGACGAGGAGAUACGCGCGAUGGAGGUCGAGCUAGGGGACAUUAGGCGACGAAAGGCGGAAGUGACUGCACGAUACGAGGCACGCCUUGAAUACCUGCGCGCGAGAUUGAAGGGUGCAGAACUCCGUGAAAAGGUGAUGCGGAAAUGACUAACUGACCGACUGGCUUGUGGGUACACCUGCCAAAUGACUGCGAUCAUGUACAUGCUGACGCCGAUAUCCGCUCCUUACGAUGAUUCUAUGCCUGGAUACUGGUUCUUGUACACUGUUACCCGACUGUUUACUACUACUACCAUUACGCCUGCAAAUAAUAGCUCUUUUGAAUACAAUCUCGUCUUGGUCCCGUGACC